GUGCACCGCGCCCGCGCUGGCUGUCUCUGGCCACGUCCCCGGGCCACGUCGCUCGGUGCCUGCUGAGCUCUCGCCAUCUUCGGUUCGGUCCCCGGCUCCUCUCCGCUUGCCGCCGCCGCCUCCUCCUCCUCCGCCGCCAUGAACAUCUUCCGCCUCACCGGGGACCUCUCCCACCUGGCGGCCAUCAUCAUCCUGCUCCUCAAGAUCUGGAAGACCCGUUCGUGCGCCGGUAUAUCUGGGAAAAGCCAGCUUCUCUUUGGACUGGUCUUCACUACUCGUUACUUGGAUCUCUUCAGUUCAUUCAUUUCAUUUUAUAACACUUCUAUGAAGCUUAUCUACGUUGCUUGCUCAUAUGCUACAAUCUACCUGAUCUACAUGAAAUUUAAGGCUACCUACGAUGGAAACCAUGACACAUUCAGAGUGGAGUUUCUUGUGGUUCCUGUUGGUGGGCUGUCUUUUCUUGUCAAUCAUGACUUCUCUCCUCUAGAGAUCUUGUGGACCUUCUCCAUCUACUUGGAGUCAGUUGCUAUCCUCCCCCAACUUUUUAUGAUAAGCAAAACUGGGGAAGCAGAGACCAUCACUACUCACUAUCUUUUCUUUUUGGGCCUGUACCGUGCCUUGUACCUUAUCAACUGGAUUUGGCGCUACUACUUCGAGGGAUUCUUUGACCUCAUAGCUGUUGUGGCUGGCGUGGUCCAGACUAUUCUGUACUGUGACUUCUUCUAUUUGUAUGUUACAAAAGUACUCAAAGGAAAGAAGCUCAGUUUGCCAGCGUAAGUGCCAAAACCAAUCGCCAGCAUCUGUCAUCCUGGAUGCUUAGACAGAACAAUCCUUACCACAAGCAAAAGGUGAAGAUGCUUGAGACAGACAGUCUCCCACUCUUCUUGCAGAAAAUCCUUGGCAGACUCUGUAGGACCAGAGAACAACCAGCUGACUUCUGUUUGAUGCAUCUUGCCUUUAUCUUUUUUUAUUACUAUGUAUAAAGAUUUUUUACAUAAAGAAACUUAAUACUGUGUGAAUUUAAUUCAGUGUGUAGUUUCAAUUGGAAUAGUUCCAAAAAGUGAGGUUUUGUGGGGUUGUUUAUGGCUAGGAAUAAGUGCAAAACACUUCUUAUUUUCAAAGGAUUCUUUUUAAAUUACUGACUUAUUUUGCUGCACACAACUGUGUGCUUGACUGAUGGAUGGUAACCGCUUUUGUUUGGUUUCAAAUUUCAUUCCACUGUAUUUAUUUUUUCCUCCCAGAAGUUGAACGUUGUAAGUCAGCUGAAAUCAAACUACAAAUGACAGAAUUUUUUCUUGGGCACAAUGUAGCCAUUUCAUGAAAGUCCUUGGUUAUAAUUUUUCUUUCCAUUUUAAAAUAGGGUUGUCCUAUAGUGUCUGCUAAUGCGUUUUGUCCUCUACCUCUGUUAACCUCAUGAAGACGUUAGCUUGAGAGUAUUUGGUGCCAAUGCAGGUUUUUCUGAAUAUAGAGUUCUUUGCUUUUGUGAUUUAGUAGCAGACAUUUCCAUUCUUUUCCAUUCAGGACAAAUUGUUCCACAUCUUUUUGGGUGCUUAAAGCUCUACUUUUAUUUAACAGCAACCUUGGUGUUACAGCUGUAAGGAAGAACCUGUAAUAGUUGUCCAAUUGAAGUAAUUUGUAGGUGGCAAUUUUUAACAAAUGUCUACAACUUUUUUUAAUACGAACACUUUUCCAAGUAAUCUUCAUGUUCAGCUUUCAAGCAGUUUUAGAUGUGCCAGUUUGGGACAAUUUGUGUCAUUUUUAUAAACUUUCUCCUCAAUCAGCAGCACCAAGUCCUAUCUUUAUCAUCUUUACAUGAUUCCCUUUUUUUACUGAGCUGUUGCAUGACUUAUCCUGUGUUACCAUCCUAAAUAAACAUCUUAUGAAGUGGUAUACAUUGUGGUGGUGUCCUGGUACUAUGCCUCUACUAUGACCUAUCAUAAUGAAUAGCUGUGGCAUCCAAUUGAUCAAAAAUGAGUUCAAUCAUGUCUGAUUAUAAAGGAAAAUCUUUACCUGCAAAAUAGACAUAGUUUUAGAAUCAUCAAUGGUUGAAGUCUUGACAGUAAUUGGGAUUUUACUGUAUUAGUAAGCACCGCAAAGGAGAAUGUAACAAAGGUUUGAGAAUAAUGUACUUAACUGGCAAUUGAAGGCUGUUAAAAGUUCCUGUGAAACACAAGCCACUGAAUCUACAUCCUUUAACCCAGCUGCUCAUAUAUAUGCACAUGAUUAUCUACCUCACAGGUAAUCAUCUUGUUUUAAAAGCAUAAAAUCUCCUAAUUAGCGAAGCAUUUGGAUAAUUGUCAUAGUUUACCCAAAUUGGAUUUACUGUUCAUAUGCUGGGAAAGUCUGAACAAAGAGUUUCCAAACACCUUUCUUUCAUCUCCCCCACUUUGCUUACUAGAGUACCUCCCCAAAAUAGAGGAGGGAAUUGUUGGAAGGAGGAAGUGGUAAAAGAAUGGGGCAAAGACCGCAGGGACUUCAUGGAGAAAAAUCUUUAUUCAGAAUUGUGGAAGCGCCAAUCUGGAGAAAUGCAGCACUGUGCCUCGAACCUUGCUUAUUGCUCACAUGUAUAUGUAAUUUCUGUUACAAAUAUAUUUUCUCACUAUGUU